AAAUGUCUAGUGUGCCUGACUUUGGGCUCUUUGCCAUGGGGAUAUGGUCCAUUGGCCUUGGGGCUCUGGGUGCAGCUGUGACGGGAAUAAUCCUUGCUAACACUGACUUACUUCUGUCCAAACCAGAGAAGGCUACAGUGGAGUUUUUAGAGGAAAUAGAGUUAAAAACUCUAGGUCCAGAACAAGAGACUUUCAGAGCUGGUGAUCUGUGGAAGAAGAAUGGUUCAGUCAUCAUGGCUGUGCGGAGACCUGGAUGAUUCUUGUGCAGAGAGGAGGCUUCUGAGCUUUCCUCUCUCAAACCUCAGCUUGACCAGCUGGGUGUCCCCCUUUACGCUGUUGUGAAAGAGAAGAUUGGUUCUGAAGUGGAGGAUUUUCAGCAUUAUUUCAAAGGGGAAAUCUUUUUGGAUGAAAAGAAAAAAUUCUAUGGUCCUCACAAGCGAAAAAUGCUGUUCAUGGGUCUUAUCCGUGUAGGAGUCUGGCAGAACUUCCUCCGUGCUUGGAAAAAUGGGUUCAGUGGUAACCUGGAAGGAGAAGGGGUCAUUUUGGGAGGAGUCUAUGUGAUGGGUGCUGGGAAACAGGGUGUCCUCUUAGAGCAUCGUGAGAAAGAAUUUGGGGACAAAGUGAGCCUUCCAUCUGUCCUUGAAGCUGCUGAGAAGAUAAAACCACAAGCUUCAUAAGCUGAAGAACAGUCUCGUGUGUGAUUUCAACCUCACCUGGAAGAUUUACAACAUAUCUGCUUCGUGAACUCCCAGUUUAAUUGCUUUCUAAUAUGGCUUGCUACUCAGAGUUAGAAAGUUCUAAGCAAUGUAGUAAAAAAAAAUGUUCUGAAUAUAGCUGACCUCCUUUUGCUUUGUAGCCCCCUUGGGUACUCAGUGUUUCUACUAGUCUUUGAUCUCUUACCGUAUUAAUGAAAGGCUGGGUCUAAAAUUUUGACAUGGCCUAGAUGUGCCUGGUUAGAGAUAGAAAGGCAAAUGAAAUAUCUGGCUACCUGGGGAGAAUACUUAAGUCAGAGAUUUAAAAAAUAAUUAAAAUACAUUUAAAUAUU